GACUCGUUUAGUAAACAUAGUGAGCAUGAGAUUAUUCGCUGCGAUCGCGUUCGUGCUGUGCGCUUUGAGCGCCAAACCGCUCGAAACGGAAAGUGCCAAGAUCUUGGCCACUCUGCCGUUUCCGGGUCGCUCCCAGUACAUAUUCGUGGAGAGCUAUCUGAAGGCCUUGGCCGCCAAGGGUCACCAGGUGACCGUGAUCAACGCUUUCAAGAACAAGCCAACGCCAAACAUGCGCUUCAUCGAGAUUCCCAGGGCACAGGAGUUCUCUGAUGAAAUGUUGGGUCUUCUGAACUUCCCCUUGUUGUGGCAGCAACUUAAUGCAAUGGAUUUCAUUUUGGUAAGAUUCAUCGAGGUCACGAUGGAAGAUGAGGGUGUCCAGAAGCUGAUAAAGUCAGGGGAAACCUUCGAUGUGGUCCUGUCCGAGAUGCUUCAAAUGGAACCGCUAUAUGGCUUGGCCCAGCACUUCAAUGCCACUCUCAUUGGUUUCUCGAGCUUCGGAACCGACAGAAAGGUUGAUGAGGCUGUUGGCAAUAUUUCACCCAUUUCGUACAACCCACUGGUGACCUCGCCACGCACUGAUAGAAUGACCUUUUUGGAACGCUUGGAAAAUCACUACGAAGUCCUUGUGGAGGAUUUGCACCGGCACUUUGUUCACCUGCCACUUAUGAAGAAGGUUUUCAAGAAGUAUUUCCCGAACGCCAAGAAAACAAUAGAGGAGGUUAUGGACAGUUUUUCUUUGAUUUUGCUGGGUCAGCACUUCUCCUUGAGCUAUCCGCGACCCUAUCUGCCCAAUAUGAUCGAGGUCGGUGGAAUGCAGAUCUCGCACAAACCGAAACCCCUGCCCGAGGACAUUAAGCAGUUCAUUGAGGGUUCCCCAGAUGGUGUGAUCUACUUCUCCAUGGGUUCCAAUGUGAAAAGCAAAGAUCUGCCCCAGGAAACCCGCGAUACCCUCCUGAAAACCUUUGCCAAGCUGAAGCAGCGAGUGCUGUGGAAAUUCGAAGACGACGAGAUGCCGGGAAGGCCAGCGAAUGUGCUGAUCAAGAAGUGGUAUCCCCAGCCGGAUAUUCUAGCCCAUCCGAAUGUCAAGAUGUUCAUCACCCAUGGUGGCCUGCUGAGCACCACGGAGAGCAUUUACUUUGGCAAGCCCGUGCUGGGAUUGCCGUGCUUCUACGAUCAGUACAUGAAUGUGGAGCGGGCCCAGCGAGUGGGCUACGGCUUGGGCUUGGAUCUGAAUAGCCUGAAGCAGGAGGAACUGGAGAAGGCCAUCCACACGCUGAUCAACGAUCCCAGUUACGCCAAGACAUCGAGUGCCAUCUCCGAGCGGUACCGCGAUCAGCCGCAAUCGGCUCUGGAUCGAGCUGUCUGGUGGACGGAAUACAUUAUCCGGCAUAAGGGUGCUCCCCACCUGCGAGCCGCCUCCCGAGAUCUUAACUUUAUUCAGCUCCACAGCCUGGACACAUUCGCUGUGCUCCUGGGAGUACCCAUUCUAGUCAUCUUGGUUCUCCUGAAGCUAUCUUGCAAAUUUCUGAGGGCCAAGAAACAAAAGUGCCCGCAUGCUGAUAAGGUUAAGAAACAGUAGAUUCCCCUGUCUGUUUGUUUGUUGUUUACAAUCCUAAGUACCUAGUGGUCUUAUCAAGCUUAUCUGGUAAUACAAUCGCUGAAAUUAUA